AUGGCUGAUACUGAAGAGAGUGGAGUGCAGAAAUAUGUCGUCAGUACAGAUCGGAGUGGAGAUAUUCAUGUACAUGUCCAAGGGAUUGUACCACAACAUAAUCGGGGUGACUUGAGUCAGCAGGACAAGCGGUGUGUCUUCUUAACCGUUCACGACCUAGGGACCAAUCAUUCAUCUAUGGUAGACUUUGCAAACAGCCCAGCGAUGAGUGAAAUCAAAGAGCGUUCAUGUUUUAUUCACAUCGACGUACCAGGUCACGAAGAAGGUUCCCCUGAUCUUCCUGAUUCCUACCAGUUUCCCUCACUCCAGACACUAGGAGAAGAUCUCAUAACAGUUUUAGACUUUCUCCACGUUCGUUACGCAGUCGGCUUAGGGGAAGGCGCAGGCGCAAACAUCCUAGCGAGAUGUGGGCUGGCCCAUCCACGACGUCUUCUUGGCCUUAUCCUGGUUAACUGCACAGCAUCAACUUCCUCAGUCGCUGAUGCGUUCAGAAGCCGGUUCUCAAGAUGGAGGGGUACGGAUAUCACCCGGUCGGAGGAAGUGUUUCUAAUUUAUCAUAAGUUCGGCCAUCAAAUGUCAUCUGAUUCCGCUGACGUUAGUGAACGGGACCGCAUGCUGGCGGAAUACCGGUCACGGCUCCGCGGGAACCUGAACACACAUAACAUCAAGCAAUACGUCAGGGCUUUCAUCAACCGCAAGGAUCUGGUCCUUCGAGGUUGCCAGCCAGAUAUCCUCCUCAUCACGGGUAUGCUCAGCCCCUACUCCACCGUCAUAGAGAAGAUGUACAAAGAGUUGGACAAAGAGAGGAUUACCAUACUGAAGGUGGAAAAAGCAGGAGAUGUUCUGGCUGAAGUUCCCGCUAAAGUUGCGCAGUCACUUCUGCUGUUCUGCCAAGGUCAAGGGCUAUUGACCUCCUUACCUCCACCUGGUGUCGAGCGCCGCAUGUCUCGGGCCAUGUCGAUGGAGGAGUACGACAAGCCAAACAUCAGGCGCCUGUCGCUCACACCGAGCGUGUCCGAGUCGCCGCCGCAUAGGAAGUUGUAG